UGCUGUUGUUGAGCAGGGCUGGGAUUAGAGACGGGGCGAAUGGCUUUCAAUCUUACUGGGAUUAUAGAACAAAGGGACUCUGCAAUACACACACACACACAAAAAGGAGAUUUUAUUUUGGAAGGGGGGUGGGAACGUAUCUCCCCCCCUUCUCGUCCACAGCCCUCUCUGCAGACAGGAGCCAAGAGGGGGUUGAUUGAAGACAGAUAGAUAUCUAUUUUGCACUGCGGAUCGGGGGAGGAUCGGAUCAGAUCUGAGAAGAAAUUACAACUAUCCUAUACCCUGUACAACACCCCUCCCUUUUCUGUUAUUUCCCAGAUCAAUUAAAAGGAGAGACCCCAGAUCAAGGUAAAAAAAAAACAAGAGGCUGAUCGGGGAGGACCUCGCACAGAAGUACUGGCGGGCUGUGAUCUAAAGUAUAAGUCGGCGGGAAGCGAGGCACUCAGAUGAACAGUGGUUCUCCCAGCCUGAUUAAAAACAACCCAUGUAAUUUAACAUAGCCGUUAAGUCAUCAAAGACCAAAAUGGCACUGGCUGGAAAUCAAUAUGAAGAAGCCUUGAACAGCCAUAGACCAGAUCUAUGGAUUUCAACUAUUUCUGGAGUGAAGGAGGAAAUUGUCACAAGCCUUGUAUCUGCCUUAGAUUCAAUGUGUUCUGCGCUCUCCAAACUUAACGCUGAAGUGGCCUGUAUAGCAGUACACGAAGAAAGUGCAUUUGUUGUUGGAACAGAGAAGGGGAGAUUAUUUUUAAACUCUAGAAAAGAGCUUCAGACUGAUUUUCAGAGAUUUUGUGGGGGUCCCCACAGAAAAGAGCAAGAAUCUGAACUGAAAAGGAGAAGCAGGGACUGCAUUCGAAAUGUGCCACAAAUAUCUUCUGGACCAAGAUCCGAUGUUUUUCUUCUCCGGAAGAUGGUUGAAGAGAUCUUCGACAUGCUUUAUAGUGAUGCUCUUGGUACAUCUAGUGUUGUUCCUGUGCCAUAUGACAACGUUUUGAAGGAUCCUGGAUCGCUGAUGGUAAUCGGUUUCCCAGAUGGAGUGCGUUUCCGGAAACCUGCUGAAUAUGACCUAAAAAGCUUGAUGCUAAUUUUAGGCCAUAGUCAUCAAAUCCGAUUCAAAGUGAAAAGACCUACUGAAGAACCUAGCAGAGAGAUGAACUCUCCUUUAGAUCUGAAUAGCUCCACAGUCUCGACAACGAACGUCAUUCCAGACACUGGCCCAAGUACUAAAGUAGCAAAACAAUCAAAUCAUGACAGUCAUUCUGCUGUACCAAACUUCAUAUACAAUGCAUCACUGCCAGGCCACAUUUCUAUGGAUGUAAAGCAAGAGGAUCACACUAAUGUGCUUGAAACCAACACAGCCAGUGAAGGACUGAUCCAAAGGCCAUCGGGAGGCCAGACACAGGACUUCCCCGACGGUUGUGGACAGCAAGUCUCGCCGACAGGAAGCAGCCUUAGACAAAAUGUCCACGCUUCAAAACGUGUCCUCUUUUCAAUAGUUCACGAUAAAACAGAGAAAUGGGACAGUUUCAUUAAGGAGACAGAAGACAUCAAUACCCUAAGGGAGUGUGUGCAGAUCCUGUUUAAUAGCAGAUAUGCUGAAGCUUUAGGUCUCGAUCACAUGGUACCUGUGCCAUAUCGUAAGAUUGCCUGUCAUCCAGAAGCAGUGGAGAUUAGAGGAAUACCCGAUAAAAUCCCUUUCAAAAGGCCGUGUACUUAUGGAGUACCCAAACUUAAGAGAAUUCUAGAGGAAAGGCACAACAUCCAUUUUAUUAUCAAAAGCAUGUUCGAUCAGAGAAUCUUUGAAGGUACUAAAUUUUCUAAAGAAACCACAAUAACCGAUUCCUCGACCUUGGGAGAGGAGACCCUGAAUGAAGCCCAAAACAUACCACUGCUGGACAUCAGUGGGCAAUCAAAUGGACACAGGUCUGCAAACAGCAGCACAUCAGAUGAAUGUGAACCAGGCACUUCAGGUGAGCAGAGCGGAAUGAAACGUAUAAAGACAGAACCAGAAGAAAAUGAGAUCAUACAAAUCACUGUUCCAGAUCACACAUUUCAUUCAGAUGAGACGAGUGACUGUGUGACGAGUCAUAUGGCGGCUGAGGACGCUGGCUAUGUGCUGGACUCGGGUUCAGUUUCUGAAAAGGGACUCAGUGAUGAAUCUAGAAAUGAAGAAAAACAUGUAGAUGGGAUUGGAGACAUGAUAAGACAACUGAGAAAACAAGUAGAAAAUGCAUUUAAUUCAAACUAUGCAAAAGCAAUCGGAGCUCCAGAACCUGUCAAAGUGCCAUACUCUAAGUUCUUGAUGUACCCAGAUGAUCUGUUUGUCGUGGGGUUACCUGAGGGGAUCUCUUUCCGACGGCCAAAUUGUUUUGGAAUUUCAAAACUCAGAAGGAUAUUGGAACACAUUAAUGAUAUCCAAUUUGUUAUUAAAAGACCUGAACUGAUAUCUGAAGUUCUGAAAGACAAUUCUGGACUUCCAGAUGUUAGUGACACAAAUUGCCAUGAUUCUGUCUUAGAUGAAAUCACUAAGAGGCCCAGCUUUCAAGAGAAUUAUGAUACCAGACUCUCGAGAAUUGAUAUUGCUAACACUCUCAGAGAACAAGUGCAAGACUUAUUUAAUAAAAAGUAUGGUGAAGCACUUGGGAUCAAGUACCCAGUCCAAGUGCCCUACAAGCGUAUAAAGAGCAAUCCGGGCUCUGUCAUCAUAGAAGGUCUUCCCCCAGGAAUCCCAUUUCGUAAGCCCUGCACAUUUGGGUCACAAAAUUUGGAGAGAAUAUUAGCAGUGGCGGAUAAAAUCAGAUUCACAGUAACAAGGCCUUUUCAGGGACUCAUUCCGAGACCAGAUGAUGAAGAUGCCAACAGACUGGGAGAAAAAGUCAUUCUCCGGGAACAAGUUAAAGAGCUUUUUAAUGAAAAAUAUGGAAAGGCACUUGGAUUAGGUCGACCAGUACUGGUGCCCUACAAAUUGAUCCGAGAUCACCCAGAUUCUGUUGAAAUAACGGGACUGCCAAAUGAUAUACCUUUCAGAAAUCCCAACACUUAUGACAUUAAUCGGCUGGAAAAAAUUCUUAAAGCAAGAGAGGACAUCCAAAUGGUUAUAUUAAAUCAGUUACAACCAUUUUCUGAAAUCUGCAUCGAGGCACCACCUAUACAAAAAGACAUCUCUGCUCCUAAACGGAAAAGAAAGAGAAUCUCUGAAGGGAAUUCUGUAUCUUCAACAUCAUCAAGCUCUUCAUGUUCCUCCUCAUCCUCAUCCUCUAAUGUCGAUGCCAUCUCUUCAGCACAUCCAGCGUCACUAGUGCAAUGGCCUAUGUACAUGUUGGACUACGGAGGUGUGAACAUGCAAAUCCCUGGCCACAUGAAUUAUUAGAUCGUAGUAUUUCGCUUUUAAUUAGGAGAAUAUUGUAAUUUAUGUAAAAAGAAAUGUAUAUUACUGUGUAUCAAUGCCUUUUAGUUUUUUUCAAUAAUUUUUACAGUAUGUUUCUGCCAUCCAAGACGGCCUUUUUGAAUAAAAAUGUGUUGCCUUGUUCUGA